AUGGGGAAGAAGAACAAGAUUAAACCGGCCGGCGGGGAAACCCAGCACAGUCCUUCGACUGUCUUCGUCGCUGGCUUGCCGUAUUCCUUGACCAAUACUCAGCUGGAAGAGGCAUUUAGUGAAAUUGGACCGAUAAGGCGAUGCUUUAUGGUUACUAAGAAGGGUUCAACUGAGCAUCGUGGCUUUGGCUUUGUUCAAUUUGCUGCUGUUGAAGAUGCUGAUCGUGCUAUUGAGGCUAAGAAUGGAUCUAUGGUUGGGGGUCGGAAAAUCCAGGUGAAGCAUGCUACACAUCGUGCUCCUUUGGAGCAACGGCGAAAUAAAGGAAAUAAAGAAACUCAAUCAAACAGUGUUGUGGAGCCAGAAGAUGAAAAGGUCAAUUUAUCAUCUGAGGCAACAAAGCACGAGGGUCCUGUGAACGCACAGUUAACAGUCGUGAAAGAAAGUAAGGAGGUCCACUCCACUCCGAAAAACAGUGCAGAGACAGUCCAUCAAAGUGUUCCUGAGGACAAGCCGCCUUCAGAGAAGCAAAGAGUUGCGAAGACAGUCAUUUUUGGAGGUCUUCUAAAUGCUGAUAUGGCUAAAGAUGUUCAUCAACGUGCCAGUGAGUGUGGCACUGUGUGUUCUCUUAAGUACCCUCUUCCUAAAGAGGAGCUUGAGCAUCAUGGUCUAGCUAGAGAGGGAUGCCAACUGGAUGCUUCAUCAAUUCUUUUCACAAGUGUUAGGUCGGCACGAAAUGCUGUUGCAUCAUUGCAUCAAAAAGAGAUUCAUGGAGGACUUGUCUGGGCUCGUCAGCUUGGAGGAGAGGGCUCCAAGACCCAGAAGUGGAAGCUUAUAGUGCGGAAUCUUCCUUUCAAGGCUACUGUGAGUGAUAUAAAGAACAUGUUUUCAGAGGCGGCUUUUGUGUGGGACGUCAUUAUUCCUCAAAAUUCUGAGAAAGGGGGAUCUAAGGGGUUUGCUUUUGUUAAAUUAACAUCGAGGCAGGACGCCGAAAAAGUUAUCAAAGAUUUCAAUGGGAAACAUUUUGGUAAAAGACAAAUUGCUGUCGAUUGGGCUUUGUCAAAAAAGAUCUAUUCAUCCGGUGGUAAAUCUCUUGCUGAUUCAGAAGGGCAAAACAACGAUGGAGAGGAGAGUGAUAGCAGUGACUUGGAAGAUGAUGAUGUGGAAUAUAAUAACAAUUCCUUGCAAGAUAAAAAAGUUGAUGCCAUCUCAGAUGAGUCCGACUCAGAACAAGAACGAGAAAUUACUUUUGAUGAAGAAGCAGAUAUUGCACGGAGAGUUCUCAAUGCUAUAACUUCAUCAGCUUCUCAAGUGGCAGAUAUCUCUGAUACUGAUAUGCCUGAGGAAAACGAUGGUGAUGUGAAAUCUAGCAUAACUGAUGAAUCACCCAAUGCUAAAAAUAAGCCUAAACUGAAACCAGGCGAUGGGGAAGGCAAACUACUUGAUAAAGACCCCACUCAGAGACAAGAAGAGCUACAAAGAACGAUAUUUAUAAGCAACCUUCCAUUUGAUAUUAGUAAGGAAGAAGUGACACAGCGUUUCCUGACAUUUGGAGCUAUAGAAGCCUUCUUUCCAGUUCUUCAUCCGGUCACCAAGCGGCCAAGGGGAACAGGAUUUCUCAAAUUUAAAACAGCAGAUGGUGCUGAUGCAGCAGUUUUGGCAGCCAAUGCUGCUUCUGGUUUGGGUAUCCAUAUCAAGGGUAGGCAAUUGAAGAUUUUGAAGGCUUUAGAUAAGAAAGAAGCUCAAGAGAAGGUAUUAGAGAAGUCUAAAGAAAAGGAUGUUGACCACCGGAACCUGUAUCUGGCAAAGGAAGGUCUCAUCUUGGAGGGGACUCCGGCUGCUGAAGGUGUUUCAACAAGCGAUAUGCAUAAGCGCAAAAUGUUGAAAGAGAAAAAGGAGACUAAAUUACGAUCCCCAAACUUCCACGUGUCAAGGACAAGACUUGCAAUAUACAAUUUGCCAAAGUCCAUGAAUGACAAGAAGUUGAAGCAACUUUGUGUAAAUGCAGUUAAAUCAAGAGCAACUAAGCAAAAUCCUGAUAUUCGACAGGUAAUAAUCUUGAAAGAUCCAAAGAAAGGAAAUUCAGCUGGAAAGAAUGAUUCUCGUGGAGUUGCAUUUGUUGAGUUCUCUGAGCAUCAACAUGCUCUUGUAGCCUUGAGAGUUUUGAAUAAUAAUCCCGAGACUUUUGGUCCUGAGCAUCGCCCAAUUGUAGAGUUUGCUGUUGAUAACAUGCUGAAAUUGAGAAAUAGGAAAGACAUGCUUCUAGCCCGGAAGCAGCAGGGUUCCAGGAAUGACCAUGGGAAUUCACAGGAGAAUGACGAGUCUAAGGCAAAGGCUGAUCAUCCAAAAGAGAAGUCAAGAAAACGAAAAUCCAGAAAUGAUUCUAAAGAAGAUCCUAAAGCACCAGAUGCUAAAAUAGAAGGUGAAGUUGCUCCAGAGGAAGCUGGAGCUGGAAAGAAACAAAGAAGCCAUUUUACUGGUAAGAAGGAGAAGAAGAAAGAGCCGACGAGCUCAGGAAAACAAAUAGGUGACCACCAGAAACAGAGGAAACCUGAUGAAGCUACAACCGUUGAUGUCCAGAAAACUAGACUUCAGGAAAGAGGGCACCAGUUAAAUAGUAGAAAGAGGAGGUUCCAAGAAGAACAAUCACAACGGAAGGAACCCUUUAGUAUGGAGAAAAGGAAGAAGAGCAAGAGGAAUAAAGAUCCUCAGGGACGAGAUGUGGUGGAUAGGCUUGACACUCUGAUUGAACAAUAUAAGUCAAAAUUCACACGGCCAAAUUCAGACCAAACUGAUCCCGAGAAACAAGGAUCCAGAAAAAUCAGGAGAUGGUUCCAGUCAUGA